GGAUCGAGUGUUCAGUCUUUAUCCCUUUUCUUCCUCCUUCUUCACUUCAAUUCGCCCAAUCUCCACCCAAUUCCGUAACCUGCUUAUCGCUCCGUCCCUUCCGGAACAUUUGUGAUACCGGAACCAAUGUGCUUGACGGCGCGGGCGGCCAGAGGACUGUUUUGGUAAAGGACUAACCAGUUCUCUGUGGAGGCUUCGUCGGGACAGUUCCGGCUGGAGAACGCAGCAGUGAGGACUUCGUCUUCGCCUCCUGCUAUGCACCGACAGAAUUUUCGACCCCCGACCCCUCCUUACCCUGGCCCCGGUGUAGGAGGUUGGGGUAACGGGAGCAGCUUCCGGGGUACCCCGGGCGGGAGCGGACCGCGGCCGCCCUCCCCUCGGGACGGUUACGGGAGUCCACACCACACGCCGCCGUACGGGCCGCGCUCUAGGCCCUACGGGAGCAGCCACUCUCCACGACACGGCGGCGGCUUCCCCGGGGGCCGCUUCGGGUCCCCGUCCCCUGGAGGCUACCCUGGCUCCUACUCCAAGUCCCCCGCGGGGUCCCAGCAGCAUUUCGGCUACUCCCCAGGGCAACAGCAGACCCACCCCCAGGGUUCUCCAAGGACAUCUACACCAUUUGGAUCAGGGCGUGGUAGAGAAAACAGAAUGUCUAAUGAGGUGGAAAGUUAUUUCAAGCCUUCCAUGCUUGAGGAUCCUUGGGCUGGCCUAGAACCAGUAUCCGUAGCCGAUAUAAGCCAACAGUACAGCAAUACUCAAACAUUCACAGGCAAAAAAGGAAGAUACUUUUCUUAACAUUUCUGAAAUUCACCUGGAAGCUUCACGUGUCAGGAACAUCUUGAACAAAACCAUGACUUGUGUAAUUGAACCCUAAGAUGAUGCCUUAGUAUAGGCGCUUGGUAUUUUUUGUCAGCAUAUACCAAGUAUUAUUGGUCUAAAUUAGAGAAGAAAUAUGGUAGGGUAAUUUGCAGUAUUUAGCUCUUUGGUGGUGAGCUAUAUAUAUAUAUAUAUAUAUUUAAAACAUUUGAUUAUAUAUUGGACAUUUGUCUUUUUAAUGUUUCUCCAACAUUUUGAAAUAAAACAUUUUGUCUUUUCUAGCUAUAUUGUGGUUUUGUUGUAUGCUAAAAAGCAGAAUUAUUAAAAUAAUGCUUUAUAAGCAUAGGUAAAUUGUCUUUUAGAAACUACUUUUUAAAAUGAAAUAGAUAAACCACCCUUGAGCGGUACAGAGCUAUAUAUUUGUUUACAGGGAGAGAGGAAUGAAGAGGACAAAGAAUUCCAUACCAAUAUAUUCAUAUUCAUUAUAACCAGUGUUCUACUUGCAUAUUUUAUCUAAUGCAUUUGUAAAAAUGCUUUGAUACUUAGUUGGAAGUGACAGAAACCCACUUUAGCAUAAGUAAAAAAAAAAAAAAAAAAGCAUU